AUGAUGAAUUUUCUGAGAAGAGCCGUCUUAUCUUCAAAGCGAAGCUCGCUUAUUCGCAUUGUAGCUGUUGCUGCUACCACUACUUCCGGAGUUGUAUAUGCUAAAACCAACACCGAUGCAGGAACGAGAGUAUCGGUGGCUAUUCCAGAAUAUGUUCGGGAAUCUCUCUCAUUACCUUGGCAGAUUUCACAGGGACUGAUUCAUCGCCCAGAUCAAAGCUUUUGUGGAAAUUUUGCCGCGUUUUCUGCAAGAGUCAGUCCAAAAUCAGAAGCACCUGCAAAUGAAGAUAAGAGAGCUCAAGCUGAAGACUCGGAUAGUCCGAAAGCAAGUAGCGGGUACUUGGGGAGAGAUACAAUUGCCAAUGCGGCUGCAAGAAUAGGACCAGCAGUUGUCAAUCUCUCGGUUCCUCAGGGUUUCUUUGGGAUUGCUACGGGGAAGAGUAUUGGUUCUGGAACAAUCAUUGAUGCUGAUGGCACGAUAUUGACUUGUGCUCACGUUGUAGUCGAUUUUCAGAACAUUCGUCAAUCUUCUAAAGGGAGGGUCGAUGUGACAUUACAAGAUGGUAGGACGUUUGAAGGUGUGGUGGUGAACGCUGAUUUACAGUCAGACAUUGCAUUGGUGAAGAUAAAGUCAAAGACGCCAUUGCCAACAGCUAAACUUGGUUUUUCGAGUAAGCUUCGUCCAGGGGACUGGGUAAUAGCUGUUGGUUGUCCUCUUUCUCUUCAAAACACAGUCACCGCUGGCAUUGUUAGUUGUGUUGAUCGCAAAAGCAGUGAUUUGGGUCUAGGAGGCACACGUAGAGAAUAUCUCCAAUCGGACUGCGCUAUCAAUGCUGGGAACUCUGGUGGGCCUCUUGUGAAUUUGGAUGGAGAAGUGGUUGGUGUUAACAUCAUGAAAGUCUUAGCUGCAGAUGGGCUCGGGUUCUCUGUGCCAAUCGACUCGGUCUCCAAAAUCAUCCAGCAUUUCAAGAAGAGUGGUAGAGUUAUUCGUCCAUGGCUUGGGCUGAAAAUGAUCGAACUCAAUAAAAUGAUCAUUGCUCAGCUAAAAGAGCGAGACCCAAAGUUUCCUGAUGUGGACAAAGGCAUUCUUGUCCCUACGGUGAUUCCGGGAUCGCCGGCUGAUCGAGCUGGAUUCAAACCAGGUGAUGUUGUUGUGAGAUUUGAUGGGAAGCCGGUCGAGACCAUCAAAGAGAUAAUAGAGAUAAUAGACGAUAGAGUUGGGAAGCGGAUGCAAGCAGUGGUGGAAAGAUCAAAUAAAGAAAGAGUCACACUAGAAGUUAUUCCUGAGGAGGCUAAUCCUGACAUGUGA